CACGCGCGCUCUUGGCUUAGCCUCGUCCGUUCCAAACACACAUACAGUAUAGUUUUAUCGGCGGAGGGCGCGUUGGAUUUGAUCCAGCUUUAACUGCUUGCUACUUGUCAGUUCAGCUGUCGGGGGGUGAAACCGUCUGGAGGGGUUGUUGUUGUUGGUUCAACUCUACAAGUAUUUUCCGUGUUUAUAUUUAUAAAGUCUAUUUAAUGGAUACGGUAUGGAGUUAGCGCUGGUGAGUUUUGAGAACGGCGGAGCGAAAGGAAGCGCUGGCAAUGCCGGAGAUGUAGCCUGCCGUAACGCGCUGGAUCACCCUCAACCUCCGCCGUUUGUCCAGAGUGGACUCCGGGAGCUGGGCUACAGCGGUCACAAAGAGAUUAAUACAACCGGGAGUCCCAAACCGAGGACGUGGAAAAUCAACGACGUGAAUAACACUUUGAGUUGCAACGAGAACGUGAUGGAUGCGCUCUGGCGCGCAGACCACAGUCCCCAUCUGUUGGAUGAUGACAUGUUGGAGCGCAGAGACAUGGACAACAACGAGAGGGUGCUGAUCAACAUCGCUGGGUUAAAGUACGAGACACAGCUAGGGACACUCAACCAGUUCCCCGAUACGUUACUGGGGGAUCCCUAUAAGAGGAUUAAAUACUUCGACCCGCUCCGGAACGAGUACUUUUUCGACCGUAACCGGCCAAGUUUCGACGGGAUCUUAUAUUUCUAUCAGUCGGGAGGUAAGAUCAGACGACCUGUCAAUGUGUCUAUCGACGUGUUCGCCGACGAGAUUCGGUUUUACCGACUAGGGGAAGAGGCCAUGGAAAGGUUUAGAGAAGACGAGGGAUUUAUUAAAGAGGAAGAGAAACCGCUACCGCAGAAUGAGUUUCAGAAACAAGUCUGGCUCAUAUUCGAAUACCCGGAGAGUUCCAGCCCGGCGCGAGGCAUCGCUAUAGUCUCAGUGCUCGUCAUCACCAUAUCCAUUAUCACAUUUUGCAUGGAGACAUUACCGGAGUUCAGGGACGAGAGGGAGCUACCGGUCUCCAGUCGGCCUGGUAACAACACUGUUCCAGGUCCCUCUCUCACAUUCACAGACCCUUUCUUCAUAGUGGAAACCACUUGCGUGAUAUGGUUCACUUUUGAAUUCAUAGUGCGUUUCUUCGCCUGCCCCAGCAAGUCGGAGUUCUCCAAGACCGUCAUGAACAUCAUAGACAUCAUGUCUAUCCUGCCUUACUUCAUCACGGUGGGCACAGAGCUGGCGGAGCAGCAGGUGGAGGAACCGCAGGAGCACGGCAACGGACAGACCAUGUCUCUGGCCAUCCUCAGGGUCAUCCGGCUGGUCAGGGUGUUCAGGAUCUUCAAGCUGUCCAGACACUCCAAGGGGCUUCAGAUAUUAGGACAAACCCUCAAAGCCAGUAUGAGAGAGUUGGGGCUGCUCAUUUUCUUCCUCUUCAUCGGAGUCAUCCUCUUCUCCAGUGCUGUGUUCUUCGCCGAAGCGGACGAGCCCGAAUCGCAUUUCUCCAGCAUCCCCGACGCCUUCUGGUGGGCCGUGGUCACCAUGACGACGGUGGGCUACGGGGACAUGAGGCCGGUGACAGUGGGGGGGAAGAUCGUGGGCUCGCUCUGCGCCAUCGCCGGAGUGCUGACCAUCGCGCUGCCGGUGCCCGUCAUCGUGUCCAACUUUAACUAUUUCUACCACCGGGAGACGGACCAGGACCAGUCUUCUCUGAAAGACGACCCGCCCAACAGCAGUCAGGACAGUCCUCAGUUAAAGAGGAAGGACAGUAAGGGAUCUGCCAAGUCGGGAGACGAGGAGGACGGACCAGGAGCGGAGAAGGAGAAUAUCAAGGCUAACAGCAGCAUGAACAUUAAACGAUCCCUUUACGCGUUCUGUCUGAACAAGACGGAGUCGGACCUGUAGUCCCCACAGACAGACAGACAGACAGACAGACAGACAGACAGACAGACAGACAGACAGACAGACAGACAGACAGACAGACAGACAGACAGACAGUAAGAAUUCUCUUUUUAUUACAGUGACUAAUUGAAUAGAGAGCAGUGUGUUUUGCCACGGUGAUUUUCAAGCCUCUAUCAGGCCGUGAGAAGAACAGGACUACCCCACUCUCACGUCCGUGAGAAGAACAGAACUACCCCACUCUCACGUCUGUGAGAAGAACAGGACUACCCCACUCUCACGUCCGUGAGAAGAACAGGACUACCCCUCUCUCACGUCCGUGAGAAGAACAGAACUACCCCACCCUCAGGUCCGUGAGAAGAACAGGACUACCCCCCUCUCACGUCCGUGAGAAGAACAGUACUACCCCACUCUCAGGUCCGUGAGAAGAACAGUACUACCCCGCUCUCAGGUCCGUGAGAAGAACAGGACUACCCCCUCUCACGUCCGUGAGAAGAACAGGACUACCCCCCUCUCACGUCCAUGAGAGGAACAGGACUACCUCCCUCUCACGUCCGUGAGAAGAACAGGACUACCCCCACUCUCACGUCUGUGAGAAGAACAGGACUACCCCCCUCUCACGUCCGUGAGAAGAACAGGACUACCCCCCUCUCACGUCCGUGAGAAGAACAGGACUACCCCCCUCUCACGUCCGUGAGAAGAACAGGACUACCCCCCUCUGAGGCUGAAUGUGGAGAGGCAGCCCAGAAUCCCCACAUCAGGACAGCCAAGAAGGAUCGUCUCGACCUGGACAGACAGACAAUCAUGUAUUCUCCUACAGCAGUAUUGGACCAGGACAUACAGGCAGACAACGCAUCUGACCCAACCACCACCCUUCUGAUCAG